AUGGGAUAUUUGGGGUGAAAGGUUAUGUCAGCUCAUUUCCGAAGCAGACGCCGCGGUGUGGUGUGUGGGAAUGUUGUGGUGCUGCUUUCUUCGGGUGGAAGACGCGCUGGGAUUCUCUUAACCGCCGAUCUCUGGGUUACUGCACAAGGAAUACAUUACGAGUUACAGGUGUGUGCUGGUACCACCUGUCUGGUGUAGAUAAUGCAGCUGGAGGAGAAAUGCUGGUGCGGGCGGAAGAUGCUACGGAUGCUGUGACUCAUCCUCGUACGGUUGCCAUGACGAUGUCAGAAUGACGUUAAUGAAUUGUCUAUAAGGCCCACGCUUGAUAUGACGAGGGUUCAUAUGAGGUUACCGGGAAACAGGCCAAUGAGAGAAGACGAAUUUUCCUCCGUGCCUGGUAAUGAAAUUGUCCAGGUUGCCAUCUGAAGACAUCACCAAUACUAAGCAAGUUUGUCUGCCAUUUAUAGCCGAAUGCAGCGGCAGUAGAUUCCCGACAGAAAAACCUCUCUUGGAGAAAAUAUUCUGAAUGCAAGGUGUGGCUUUUAACGUUUACAAUGUAUAUGGAAGAUGACGGAAGAAGACAGACAAUACUUAGCAUUUUAUAGCUGAAUGCAACAGCAGUAGAUUUCCUGACAGAAAAGCCUUCGAGGGAUUUGUCAAGAAAAUAUUCCGAAUGCAAGGUGUGGUUUAUAACAUCUAUAUGGAGGAUGACAGAAGAAGAUAGAAGAAUGGACUGUACCAUUAUUAAUGCGAGGGGAGACUAAAGGAUCACAGAACGGAGGUGUGAGACAGUUGUGUUGGUAAGGAGGGUGUUAUCAGCUGGAAGAUGCCGGGACUGGUGGUGUUUAAUCGGCGGUGGUCGGUAGGAUCAGAUGACCUUGUGGUGCCUGGGCUGAUUCUACUGCUACUACAUCUGGCAUGGUUGAUUGUGAUGGCGGUUAUCCUGGGUAUAGUGGAGGAGGGUUUCGUGAACGACUGCAGGCUGUUCCACACGCACAUCCUGGGUUACCUGGUCAUCCUGACGUCAUGUAUCCUGGUGGAGGGGUGUGUUGUGUGGGUCGCCAUGAAGGGCAGUAUCCUCUACACAGAACCCAGGGAUCCCAUGCAAUAUCUGCUGUACAUAAGGCUAGUUAUCCUGCUGGUUGAGUUUGUGUGGUCGGUGGUGGGAGUGGUGUGGAUCAUACAGCACUACAACGACUGCCCUAGCAACAUGGUCAAGAAAUCUGUACUGGGCAUCAUAAUCUGUGAUUGGGUCAUCUUCUUCUCGGUACUUAUCACCGCGUGGUGCGUUUUCGACACCGCGGGCAGAAAUUGGGUGAAAUUGAAACGCUGCAAGCGAGAGAUCAAACGUACCGACACACAUGUCUGGAGGACGAAAGUCACGCAAAGGCUCACCAUGGAGGCUUAUGAAGCCAGCUGGGAACACAGGUGCAAACUGCUGUGCUGCUGCGCGGGGGUGCAGGACAAUCAACAGCAUGCCUUCCAGGAGAUAGCCCACCUGCUGUCCGAGUUUUUUAUCGAUGUUGACCUGGUGCCGUCCGACGUGGUCGCUGGGCUGGUUCUUCUCCGACAGCAGCAGAAACAUCAGCGACAAAUGAUCGUUGGACAGCACAGUAACGACACUUACCAGUUCCUGUCAGGAGUACCCAUCAACCCCCGCACCAAGUUUGUACAGCUCAGUCGCCCGGAGAUACUGGAACAAUUUAAGGAAGUUGUUUACUACAUGAGGUAUGCCCUGGCUGCGUAUGGAUGGCCUCUGUACAUCUACACCCAUCCAGGUGCAGGAGCAUGUCAACUACUCAAAUUCUGCAGCUGUUGCUGUUGCCAGUGCUGCCGUAACCAUGACGAUGAAUGCACACUGGAACAUGACAACUGCUGCCAGUGUAACCUGGCCGGCCUGAAGCGGACUCUGUACAACUACGGUCUCAACAACACGGAAGUCACCUACGCCAACUUCCACUCUGCUGUGAAUGAGACGUGUUUCUUCGUGUCCAUCGACCACGACAGGAAAGCUGUAGUGGUGACUAUCAGGGGCACACUCUCUCUUCAGGACUGUCUGACUGACCUGACAGCUGAUGCCGAGUCCUUCAGGGCCUACAGUGAAGACUUUCCACACGACUGGUAUGCACACAGGGGAAUGUUAGAGUCAGCCGUGUAUGUGAAGAACAAACUAGAAGAACUCUUGCUGCUGGACCUGGCCUUCUCCAAGCAGAUGGACGAGGAGCCGUACGGACUGAUCAUCUCUGGCCACUCGCUCGGCGCCGGUACCGCAGCGAUCCUCGCCAUUCUGCUCAAGAAGCAAUAUCCCAACCUGCGCUGCUUCCCAUUCUCACCUCCUGGUGGUCUGCUCAGUAAAACAGCAGUUGAUGCCAGCAGAAGUUAUAUCACAUCAACUGUGGUGGGGAAAGAUGUGGUACCAAGGAUGGGACUUCCUCAGAUGGAACAUUUCCGGUUUGAACUUCUCAAGAUGCUGAAAAGAAGCACUGAUCCUAAGUGGAGGAUCAUAGCCUACAGUCUGCCAUGUUGCUGCUUGCGUGACCCGUACCUCAUGCCCGACAUCGACCAGAGUUCGUUGACCCAGUCGACCCGUGACCUCAGCAGUAGGUCGGCCAGUACCAUCUCCAUCAACAUCCCCCAACACCUGCAGCUGUACCCGCCUGGGAGGAUGAUCCACGUGGUCAGGAACCACCCCAGGGAGAAGUGGUGCGGAAAGAUGAAGCCCAGAUAUCAGGCACUCUGGGUGAAAAACGAGGACUUCUCCGAGAUUCUGGUCUCUCCCGCCAUGAUGGCCGACCACUUUCCUGAUCAGGUCAUGCAUGCACUGGAGGAGGUGCUGCGUAACACAGACUAUGGUCUAGAGGACCAGUUCGAGGCCUCCAACAAGAACAAGUUGAAGAUGAACGACUCGGUACAGAUCAGGUACAGCCACGAGACCCUGAGUCACACCAGUGAGGAGGACCUGCUAGACCGGGCGUGUCCACGGGUGGAGUCCAGCCUCAGCUGGGAGUACAACUCAAGAGAUGAGCUGGUGGCAGACCACUACUCAGACCUUAUUCUACCUUAUUCUCUGUCAACUUUACGCUCCUCUAAAGGACCCAGAAAAGGUACACCGUCUAUCAAGGAGAACAAGUCCAGAGCCAGCCUCAUCACCAAGUCUGCUCAGACCUUGGACCCCACCGACCCCGACUGGCAGUCCUCGGCCCCUCUGGCUGAAUCUGAGAGCCUCUCAGAGUCCGACUCUGUCUACUCCAUAGAGGAAUCGAGUAAAGCGCUCAGCAUCGGCACAAUCCAGACUCUACAGUCCACUCCUGACAGCACGACACUGAAGUCGGACCCGGGGUACUGUUAUUAUGUGAGCACGGGGGUCUCGAACGAGCUUCUUAACGCGAGCGGCUUUCCGAGCGAAGAGUCGACGCCCCACAAGAACCAGAUGACCACAACGGCAACGAUAGAGAAAAUUCCCUCCCACACGUCGAGCGCGAGACAGUUGUACAAUGGGGUGAGCGACGGUAGCCCUGGGGAAAAGUGGAAUGGGCGCCCAGCGUCGGAAGAACUGUUGAGCGAGAAAGCGCUACGCACGAAGCUCCCACCCCAGCCAAAGUCCUUCACAGCAUUACCAAAUGUGUACAACUCCCCCUCCUUCAGCGAACACUACCGACUCACGCACGUGGACGACGUUAACACCACAAACCCACCGCGGCGCCAUAAGGCGUCCAAGUUGAAAACGAGGCAUCUGUCGGAGCCGAUUCCAGAAAGAGCCAAAUACGAACCCAACCUCAUUCCAAAGCCACCGAGACUCUACGCUAACAGAAGAGGCACCUCCUCGGGAAAUGCUAGAGCGAUAGAGAUGAAGGAGUUCCACCGAUCGCAGGAUUCUGGAAGCAUCGAUAACGGAGAGGACUCGGACAGUAUCCCACUAACAAAGGCGGAUGCCCAGUCAGUAGAUUCUGCAGUUCCCAUAGAGACAGACGUAUGACCUUUGUAUAAUCUGAGGCUUCUUGUAACAAUCAUAAUUUUCUUCACAGUCUGACAUUAUGUGGAUUACUACCCAAACCAAUCAAAUUCUACUGCAAUUUCAUGACACAGCCAAUCUCCAAGCUGAUCACUGGUGGCUAAAAGAUACUGUUUAAAGCCAUGGAUACUCAAUGUCUCGUCACCGGAAUAUCUGCUUGGAGACAAGUUACAGCCACUAUAUGGUCAAUUGGCACAAACAACUUUGAGGCUCAACCCUGUCACAAGUUUGCUUAAAGCAAUAAGAAAGGAAAAACCAGUCCAGCAAAAUCAAAUGUUGUGCAGCAUUUUCUUUUUAAUCAUUUCACAGCAGUUGGCAAGAAGAUGGUAUAUCAAACACUUUCAUUGGCCUGUAAUUGCUUAACAAUUUACACACCUUCCAUACUGAAUCCACAUAAUGCCACUACAGUAUAAGCCUCCAUAAAGUUAGAAAUCACCCAAAUGACAGUACUGGUAACAGUAAGUAGACAUAUCCACGUAGACAUAUAGUGUGUACAAAAUCGCAGCAUUUUGCGCUGUAUCCAAUGUGUGAAAAGCUAAAACUCUACAUGUCAUUUUGUUUCAUGAGAAGUAUAACCUUUACAUGUAGAAUUUGAAGGCUAAUAGGGAUCAAGGAGGUUAAAAUAUUAUGUUUUAAUCCUCUUGUAGGCAUUUUAUAGUGUCACAUGUGCAGAUAGCAGUUUGGUCAGAAAUUGUAUAAAGUCGUGAAGAUGAAAAGUUUUAAGCAGUUGCAAGAAGAUUGUAGAUAACUGAGUGUAGAUUGGUGUAUUAUUUGUUGCUUUACCCAAGGAUUGAGAUGAGAAGUAGAAUUGCGUGUUUGUCCAGACUGCUCCCUUUUCACAUGCAGCACUGUUGACGAUUGUAGAUUAGGCUAAAUAUGAUAUUGCUUCUAAUGGUGACUGACUUCAGUGUAGACUAACACUGCAAACAAAUGGUACAUGACAUCGUAUAUUUGGGCCUAUAUAAAAAUUAUAUAUAAGUCAUUGCAAAUGUUCAUUGUGACAUACUUAAAUUUGUAAGUAGUUUUGUUGUUGACUACCUGUACUGUUUGUUGCCAUUAAGUGGAUGUCAUUUUUUUUAUGAAGGGCAAGUCACUGCUUUUACUUCAAGUAACAUUUGUGGCUGUUGUUGAACAUUAUUUGUGAUUUUUGUUGUGUUAGAACUUCUAGGAGUAAGACAGAAGACCUUUUAGUAAAAGCUAAUGUUACAUGUGUAUAUGGGCAUUAGAAUAACAUCAUGCAUGUAAACUUUGUCUUGUGUAAGAAUUUGGAACAUACAACGUAUAGACACUACUCAAACUGGUUACUGAUUUAGAGAUAUGUUAAGCUGGAACU